CGUAAAGAUAAGCGUCUCCUCGGGGUUCCUCCCUUGUGUCUGUGCUCAGGGUGAACUCAGCAUACUCGCUGUCUGUAGGUGAAUUACUUCAGUUUAAAGCUCUUUCUGUUUCAGGAAGGCGCAGUUAUAAAGGAGUGUUACUCCUUUAUAGAUUAUUCAGUUACAGACAUGAGUAUGAACAUGAUGAACCGCACAGCGCCGCUGAGUUUGCUGUAUUGUGGAGUUGAAAAUGGCGGCGGUGUGUGUGCUGCUCCCCGCUUCAGAGCUCCAGUGCAGACUUUCCCACAGAAACGUGAAGAGGAAUUGGACGGGUACACGGAGGAGGCCGACAAAAGGACUGUUAGAGUGGGUAUUAGUGAGAGAGAGGUGCCGCCGGAGAGCCGCUUACAGCGCCAGGGCGGCGGCUGUGAGGAGCUGAUGAGGCCGAGCCUCGAGACGGAAACCCGGGAGCUACUGGGACAGUUGUAUCGCUCUUACAGCGGACUUCCUGUGAAAUGCUGGCGGAAUAAAAGUCACUCAGCUCUGCCGAGCCUCCACAGGGUGGUGGGGAAAGUGCUGUGUAAACACAAGAUCGCGUACAGCGGUAUGGUGCAGCGGCUGUUUGAGCAAGCCAAUGGUCUGGACAGUGUGAGCUCUGUGUUGAAUGGUGUGUUCAGUGAUGGAGUAAUUAGUUGGGGUCGUAUUGCGAGUGUUUUGGCUCUGGGAGCCGUGGUGUGUGAGCGGCUGAAGCAGGAGCGUGUGAAUGAGCAAGCGGAGGAGUGUGUGGAUAUCGUCGUCUCUCACAUCUCCUUAUACCUCAGCACAGAGCUGCAGCACUGGUUCAUCACCAACAAUGGCUGGGAUGGUUUUGUGGAGUUCUUCCGUGUCGAGGAUCCUGAGUCCACAGUACGGAGUGCUCUCAUGGCGGUGGCUGGAUUUGGAAUAGGGGCGUGUCUCUUCACUCUGAUGCGAUGAAGUGGGUGGGGCCAGAAAUGACCGCUGUUACCAAGGCUAGACUAUUGUCCUUUGUUCUACAGAAAUAAGGAUGGACGUGCUUGUGCUCUUCAGGGUGAUAACACAGAGACUUCAAAUUUGUAUGUUUUGUGAAAAUAGAAAGUUAUAUUUUCAAUAAAAUAUGCCUCACUCAGCUCUGCCCCUGUUCCUAUUGUGAUGUCACUGCGUUGUGUUUCAUAUGGCAGUGUUGCAGCAAUGUCAUUGUUGAGUGCAGGGUCUGUGGUUUACAGUUAGGAAAAGAGCUUUAUUUUUUUAAUAAACGUUUCAGACACUGAA